AUGAGGACAUCCCACCAUGAACAGGAACCCCAAAAUCAGUCACCCCACCAUGGCAGGACAUCCCAACAGGUCCAAGAACCCCAAAAUCAGUCACCCCACCAUGGUAGGACAUCCCAACAGGUCCAAGAACCCCAAAAUCAGUCACCCCACCAUGGCAGGACAUCCCACUGUGUCCAAGAACCCCAAAACCAGUCACCCCACCAUGGCAGGACAUCCCAACAGGAACAGGAACUCCACAACCAGUCAACCCCCCAUGGUAGGACAUCCCAAUAG